UCGCCGAAGAUUCAACAGCAGGAUGCGGAGAAUCGGAACAGAACAAUGUUGCGUCCGAUCGCGUUCCUAUUUCGAUCAGAUGCCGAGCAACCGGCGAGCGACACGUGCGAUUGGAGCCGAGCAGUGCUGCCACCUGUCCUCGGAUCUGUCUUUCGAGGAAUGGGGGGGAGGGGGGAGACCCUCGAGGAAACACCUGAGGCGCGUGCGUUGCUCCAUGUUGUCACCACCGGCCCGGUUGGAGAAACGUCAAUGGAGUCGGUCUAACCUCAAAAAAGCCGUCGUCGCCGAUGCGCCUCUCGUACAUGCCAGUGUGAGAAAAAAAUCUACUCCCAAGCCUUGGACGACGAAGCAUGACCGUAUGGGAGAGACUGCGUAAUCCGUGCGGCUUGCGCGCGGGCGCCAAGCAGAUCUCCGUGGACGCGAUGCUACCGCUUCUGGUGGUGCCGGUUCUCGCGGUGAUAGCCGCCCAGGCCGUCCUCUGCACGGUCGUCGUGUUCCUGGCCACGCCAAUUCUCGUCUAUUAUCUGCAUCACAAUUUUCUCAGAUUUUUGCUGCGCACCAAGUUCUUCCUCAUGUGGACGAUCACGAGCGUGCUGAUGCUUAUGCUGGUGUUCGAGAUGAGCGUCGUGCCGCUUCUUGAAAUUCUGCCCGAAGAGAACGCGGUGUUCAUAGCUUGCGUGGUCGGCGGCAUAUGGUGCGGCUACAAAGCCAAGCAGAAGGCGGACGCGGCGGCGCAGGAAGGCGUCGUCAGUUUGCAGGGAUUGGAACUGGGCGAAGGCAGCGGCGAGCUCUGCGCCACGUGCAGGAGAAGAGCGCCACCAAAGGCUUAUCACUGCCGCUUAUGCCAAACUUGUAUACUUAACAGAGAAUAUCAUUGCAAAUGGCUGGACUGCUGCAUAGGUUCCAGCAAUCUAGGCUGGUAUUUGGGCUGUUUAUUUUUUUCCGCCUUUGCUUUUAUUUAUGGUUCCAACCUGACUAUGACGAGCGUUUGUCAUCCGUUCAUACUCAUUGGCACCAUACUUCUGCCUGAUGACUGCAGCGACGUUUAUCAUCAGUUAGACCUCGCUCUUUGCUUCGUCUCCGCCGUUUACAGCCUCCUCGUCGGCGUGGUGGUGUUCGCUUACCUCCUGUAUCAUCUAUGGCUGCUCUCUAUCGGCACGACGUCGAACGAGCGGCGAUUAAACACCGAAAGUCAGUACGAUCACGGAAUGCUGAGGAACGUGUCUCGGCUAUUCUGUUGUAAAACUUAAAGAAUUAUUGUGUACAUAUUAUAAUGUAAGCUAAGCUAGGGGUCUACUUCGGGUUUACUUCGCACAGUGUACAUGUACUACACGCCCGUACAAAAAACAAAAACAAAACAAAAAAAAAAAAAAGAAAAAACAAUGUUACUGAAAUCAAAUUUUAGAACAAACUAAGACAACAUUAAGGCCAAAAUCUGUCGUGAAUUGUGCGUCGAUAGUCGUUCGCGUCCGUUCGAGAAACAAAGCGCAAGGUGGGGAAUACAUGUUAGGUAUUAAGUUUCGUCGCGCAACUCUUUCCUCAUCCUUUCAACUUCUGCGUUCUAUCUUUACACGCGACACGGAUUCGUCGACUCAUCGUCGCAGGUGCGGCGCGUACGUUUUUCCGUAUGACGUUUUUGCGUAUACUCGAUCAUCUUUCUCUCAGCGACAUAUCACCAGAUAAAGCACCAGAUUCCCAUUACAUUCGUUAUUUCUCUUAAUGUUAAACAGUGUGCGUACCAUUUGUAUAUUUAUUGUAACUGUGAUAAAGUGGCCAUUGUACGAAUAAUAUAAUAAAUUAUUACCAGUCUGUAUACUAA